AUGUGGGUGAUAUUUGUCAGAAAUUUGCUCCUUGAGUCUACAGAAGAGGAUGAGGUGCAUGUCGAAGUUGAAAGUUCAAAUUGCAAGUUGAAGAAAAGAGGAGGUUCUACUCCUGGCCGUGUCUUUAUCAACCACAACAGGAAAGAAGGCCACGAGAAGUUAGUGCAUGACUACUUCUCUGCCAACCGGACAUACAAUGAAAAAAUUUUCCGAAGGCGAUAUCGUAUGAGCCGUGAUUUGUUCAAUCGUAUUCAUGAAAGUGUUGUUUCUUAUGACAACUAUUUCGUUCAAUCUCGAGAUGCUGCGAAUAAGGCUGGGUUAUCUUCAUUGUAG